CCCCACUCCCAACUCAGCAGAUAACCUCGCAUGUAUACCCGACAACUAUGUACUGAGAUGCCCCCUUCUUAACACCCCUUGAAUCUUAUUGACCAACACUCGAACCAAAAGUGUAUCCGGUGUGGCAGAAGGAACAGCAGGACAAGUACGUUGACACGUUUCACACCGACUGGGACAUUUAUGGGAUCGAAACUUGCCCCGACACCAGGGUAGAGUAUUCAUACAAAUUAAGCAAGAUUGACACCCGCAAUUUCCUCUCUUGGCUUGACAGACAAGUAGUUCUGAAUUCCCAGCAUGCCGUUUCAAGCCGACUAAAAUACACCAGAGCACAGUAGGAGCAGAAAAUCCCGCCCAGCAUGUGAUCGAAACCAGCCCUGACAGUAAGACAAGGGUUACGCUUCUUCUCGCGCGUCACCGAAACCACAUGACCCACGAGAUCAAACCAUGGUACAUGGCAUUCAAGCAUGACGUUUUUGCAGAGAUCUCUCGAACACUGAAUCUUCCGGAGACCUACCUUUUCAUGCGAGCCCAAGCAGGUGGCGCUGGAAAUUUCGCCAAAUACUCGUCUUUCAACACCGACGGUUCGCUGUCUCGACUUGGGUUCGUCAUUCGGGUUCCGCAUUCUCCCAGAUAUGACGAAAAGGCCAUCUGGUCCAUGGCGAUCUCAUGGAAUAGCGCCACAAGCCAUAGCUCCGGUUUGUUUGAAGGUGUCUCCGAUGCUGAUAUCCAAGAAAUCGUAGAAUAUCUAACGGCAAAGAAAAAUCAUUCGGGACACCCUCUAGCCCUUCCAACAAUGAUGCUAGAUCUGCUCAUGGUUCAUUAUACCGCUCACCGACGAGAACUGGAGAGCUCACUUUUUCUUCUUGAAACACAGCUUGGGAUAACUCGUGGUACUCGCAAGACUGAUGCCUGGGACUGGGGCUACGACCUAUUUCGCGAGUCCACGAAGCACUGCAACGGUGUAUACACAGGCCUCGUCUAUCUCGAGCGCAGAUUACAGUUUGCCAGUGGGCUCAGUAAAUUUCUGCUCAGUUGCCUGAUUUAUUGUGGCGAGGAAAACAUGCUAUCAGAAGAACAGAAAUCAAAGAUCCGAGGCAUAUCGCGAGCAAUGAAGGAGAAUAUUCAGAACAACGAAACAUUUCUUGAAACUCAGCUUCAGCAUGUUCUCUGCCUCCAGAAACAAUCUCAAGCGCUUAUAACUGUGAUAUACACGAUUGUGGCCCAGAAAGACAGCCGCGUCAACCUUCAGAUUGCAAAAGCCGCAAAGAGGGACAGCUCUUCCAUGACUGCCCUUGCAGUUCUUGGGAUUGUUUUUCUGCCCGCAAUGCUCAUUGCAUCCAUGUUCAGCAUGUCCAUGUUCGACUUUUCUCCGUCAUCGGACCAAGGACCAAGGCUCUCAUCCAGCUUUUGGAUGUACUGGGCGGUCACAUUACCGUUGACACUCAUUCUUUUGGGGAUUUGGAAGGCUCGAAUGUAUGUACAAAGUGCAGACGAGGAUCGCGGCGUCGAACCUCGACACACAGAAGAGAAAACGUUCGAGGCUAUCAGGGCAAGAUAUCAACCUGAUCACAACACCCCCUUCUACCCUAGCAAAGGGCUACCAGGUCAUAUACACUACGCUCGGACUCCGACGAGCCAUUGAUUGUCACAAAUGCUAUCUGUAAUAUUCUAUAGGCCUGCGUUUCACGUGAUGGGAUGUAACCCAUGUUUGUUUUGUUUCUGCUGCCAAAGCUCGCUUGUCAGAGAUGGAUGGCAAGCGAAAGAACUCAGAGUGGAGUCCAAAGGCAAUUUUGUAGGUAGACCAUGAGUUUCCUUCCGUGUGGGACCCGACAUUGAAGCCUUAUAUUUGCAUGAAGCAAUGCCGACGGAGAUAUGUCAUUGAACCCAUGUUUGGUCCUCAAAGUAUUAGGGUUUGGCACAGAAGGUUGUUGGAAGGACAUAGUCGAUUGUGAUAAUGAAUAGUCUUAUCACCGACGACAACGUAAACCGUGUAACCUAUACGCCAUCUAUUGAAGCUUACAGUGC